CACAGAAGUCGUGAUUGUGAAAUUUCACGAUUUUCUUGAUUGUGAAAUUUCACGAUUUUCUUUCUCUCUUUCUCGGUUUUCAUCUAAAUCAUGAGCAAGAUAGAGGAAUGCGAUUUCCCAUAUUGUCGAGAUGUUGGUAUUUACGAGAAGCUCACAAAGAUCGGCCAGGGAACAUUUGGUGAAGUGUUCAAAGCAAGAUGCAAGAGCACCAAGCGACUGGUUGCUCUCAAGAAGGUGUUGAUGGAAAAUGAGAAAGAAGGGUUCCCAAUCACAGCCCUGAGAGAAAUCAAAAUCCUACAACUGUUACGACAUGACAAUGUGGUCGAUCUUCUCGAGAUCUGCCGUACAAAGGCGACACCCUACAAUCGUUACAAGAGUACGUUUUACCUGGUGUUUGAAUUCUGCGAGCAUGAUCUUGCUGGCCUUCUAAGUAACGUGAACGUCAAAUUCAACCUUGGUGAGAUCAAGAAGGUCAUGCAGCAACUCCUGAAUGGACUCUUCUUCAUCCACAGCAACAAAAUACUCCAUCGUGAUAUGAAAGCUGCAAAUAUUUUACUCACGAAACAUGGCGUCUUAAAAUUGGCAGAUUUUGGAUUAGCAAGGGCGUUUUCUCUGAAUAAGGGACAGCCAAAUAGGUAUACUAAUCGUGUUGUGACUCUGUGGUACCGACCGCCAGAGUUGUUGCUUGGAGAGCGGAAUUACGGUCCCGCCAUCGAUCUGUGGGGUGCUGGUUGCAUCAUGGCAGAGAUGUGGACACGCACUCCCAUCAUGCAAGGCAGUACUGAACAACACCAGCUGCAGAUGAUCAGUCAGCUCUGUGGGACCAUCUCGCCUGAAGUCUGGCCUGAUGUUGAAAAACUUGAACUAUACAGCCAGUUGGAGCUGCCGAAGGGUUUGAAACGUAAAGUCAAGGAGCGUUUAAAACCAUACGUACGGGACCAAUAUGCGUUGGACAUGUUGGACAAAUUGCUGACGAUAGAUCCAACGAAACGUAUUGACAGCGAUGAGGCUCUGAACCAUGACUUCUUCUGGACUGAUCCGAUGCCGGGUGAUCUGUCGAGGAUGUUGUCACAGCACACGACGUCCAUGUUUGAGUAUCUAGCGCCACCUAGGAGGCGAGGCGCAAUUCAGCCACAUCCUCCUCAUGGCCCUGGGCCGUCUAAACCUGUGGCAAACCCAGACCAGCAUUUUGAGAGAGUGUUUUAAAUUGUCAUCUCGGCAGGUGAUUUGUUUACCUGGCUAUAGCAAAGGAAUGCCAGGGAUCAAGUAUUCAGGGAACAUGAUUUCUGCUCGUGCAAUGUUCGAUUGUCUUGGAACAUUUAGCUAGAACCGGCAGAAUAUGUUAAACCCAGAGGACUCUGAAAGGUAUCAUUUGUAGGAAUUUGGCAUCUUGUGCAGUCUAAAGGCGUGUGCCGUUCCUUCAUACCAUUUUAUUUAAAUCUGCAUUGUCCUUUUUAUUUGUUACUGACCAGUUCUUGUUGGGGUCAACGCUUCAUAAGUUGAGUACCCAUUGAGGGUAAAGAUAUGGGUCAGGAAGCUAUUCUAAUGCAAGUAACUAGUAUGCAUUUACAACAUAAUCUGAUGGAGUCCUCUGACGAUCCAUAUUAGAUGAUAUCACAAAAGUGAUUGUAUAUUUUUUACCAAUAAAAGCUU